AUGUCAGACGACAGCCGUGAAACUCAGUUAUUCGAGCUAGAAGCACUGGAGAGUGUGCUAAGGGAGAAUAAAUUGACGAGAAUCAGUGAUUGGGCGGAUAAAAAUGCAGAAAUUCGGGGAAUAAUUGAAGUAGGAUUUGACACAUUAUCCGAUCCAAAAGUCACAAUUGAAGGAACGUCUGACUCCAGCGAUCAUUUUUCCAUCCCCCUAGACAUUCUUCCACCAAUCCGAUUGAAAUUUCAUCUUCCAAAUGAUUAUCCCUCAGUAUCAUCACCAAAACUUGAACUGGAAAGUUAUUGGAUGAAUCAGGAACAAAUGACAUCUUGUGAAACCGAGUUGGCAAGGAUUUGCGAGGAAAACCAGAUGAUGGAGGUGCUUUUUAUGUGCUAUCAAACGAUAAUUGAUUCGAUAGACCAAUCUCACCUAAAAAUCAUCAAUCUGAACGAGGCGUGUGCGCUGAAAAACAAUGGAGAAACUAUUGAAUCGCUGAAAAAGAAAAUUCUUGGAAAAGGCGAAGAAGCUGCUGAAGAGCACUUUGUCAAUACACUUUUCGAUUGUGAAGUAUGCUACGACUCUCAAAUGGGCCAACAUUGCAUCAAAUUCCAGCCGUGCUCUCACGUUUUCUGCAAACAAUGUACUUUCGAUUAUUAUCGUACAAUAUCGAAAGGUGUUGUGUCAAAAGCCAUGCAGUGUCUAGCAGAAGGAUGCAAGAGUGAAGCACAACAAAAUACGGUUAAGGAGGCACUCGGAGAUGAUUUAUAUGCAAAAUACGAGACGAUUAUGCUGGAGAAGGCGAUUCGAGAGAUGGAAGACACCGUGGAGUGUCCCAGAGAGAAUUGUCAAAAAGUCGCCUACGUCACGGAUAGACAACGCUUCCUGGCCGAAUGCUCCUACUGUAACUUUUCGUUCUGCAAUCUGUGUAAGCAGACAUUCCACGGAAUAGAACGCUGCAAAUGGAAGAAAGGAGACAAAGAGCUUCUUGUCAAAAGAUGGAAGGAUGGAGAUGAAGCUGAGAAGGCUGAAAUGUGCAGGCAAUUUGGAGGAGAGAAGCGUGUCGAGGAGCUUGUGGAGCGGUUCCUCAAUGAGGAAUGGCUGGAUUCGAACAGCAAACCGUGUCCCAAGUGCUCGGUGAGCAUAGAGAAGAAUGAAGGAUGCCACAAGAUGCACUGUACGAAGUGUGACACCUACUUCUGUUGGUUGUGCUCUGAAACUCUUGACAAGGAAGAUCCUUAUAAGCAUUUUCAGGGAGAUGGAUCAUGCUCUGGACGUCUGUUCGAAGGAGUUCAUCACGAUUUGCUAGAUAACGAUGACGAUCUUCUUUUCGAUAUGGCAUUUAACGACGGUAGUGACUAUGACAGUGAUGAGACCGUCGAGUAUCCUGAAUCCGACGAAGAUAUUGAUGCGGAGGAUUGGUUAGAGCAAGAAGGACAUUUUGACGAGCUUUUCUUUAAUUAACAUAACUUUACGGUUUUCUCUAAAUUUACGGAUUAAUUGUCAAAUAAAAUGAAUAGUUCAUCCUUUU